UCCACUGCAGCCGGUUGACGACGCGAUGGUCAAACCCAGGGAGACCAAGCGACUGCGUCCAAACAACCAGCACGACGCGUGACCGUGCGUGCAUCUGUGAAGCGCGUGCCUCUUCAGCUUUGACGGCGAGCUGAUCGGGAUUGGUCCUCGAGGGUGUGUGUGUGUGUGUGGGGAGGGGGCGCGUGAACCGGCGGAGUCCUGGAGCGAGCCGCACGAGGCCAGCAGGGAAAUUAGCCGGAGCACUGACGCAGGCAGCCCGCCAGCGCUUAGCUAGCAACCACCCGAGAGAUGGUGGCUCCCACACCCGGCUUCUUGGUGCUGCUGUUGCUCUGCCUCCAACGCUUCUUCCACGUCCACGCGACGAAAACAGAAUGUGAAGCAAACCAGUUCCAGUGUGAAAAUGGCCGUUGCAUCCCUUAUGUGUGGAAGUGUGACGGGGACGAGGACUGCACAGAUGGCAGUGAUGAAAGUGCUUGCGUGCAAAAGACGUGCAGUGAGUCUGACUUCGUUUGUCACAAUGGCCAGUGUGUCCCAGGGAGGUGGCACUGUGAUGGUGAGCCAGACUGCGAAGACUUAUCCGAUGAGAGCACUGAAAUCUGUCAUAUGCGGACAUGUCGCUUGAACGAGUUCAGCUGUGGGGCAGGCUCCACCCAGUGUAUACCAGUCUUCUGGAAGUGUGAUGGAGAGAAGGACUGUGACAAUGGAGAGGAUGAGGUCAACUGUGGUAACAUCACCUGUACACCCAAUGAGUUCAUGUGCCUCAGCAACAGAUGCAUUUCUCGCAACUUUGUGUGUAAUGGUGAGGACGACUGUGGAGACAACUCGGAUGAAAUAGACUGUGCUCCAUCCUCAUGUGGCCCAACGGAGUUCCAGUGUGGAAAUUCAUCUUGCAUUCCUGACAGCUGGGUGUGUGAUGAUGAUGUUGACUGCCAGGACCAGUCAGACGAGUCCCCAAAACGUUGUGGACGCAACCCAACGCCGGCGGCCAAAUGUGCAACCAGUGAAAUGCAGUGUCGCUCAGGAGAGUGUAUUCACAAGAAGUGGCGAUGUGAUGGAGACCCCGACUGCAAGGAUGGGAGCGAUGAAGCUAAUUGUCCUGUGCGCACAUGUGGAGCAGAUCAGUUCAAAUGUGCGGAUGGUAGCUGUAUCGUAGGCUCCCGUCAGUGUAACGGCAUCCGAGACUGCAGUGAUGGAUCUGAUGAGGUCAACUGUAAAAACAUAACUCAGUGUAACGGACCAGAGCGAUUCAAGUGCCGCAACGGGGAGUGUAUCGAUAUAAGCAAGGUGUGCAACAAGGUACGAGACUGUUCUGACUGGAGUGAUGAGCCCAUCAAGGAAUGUGGGGAAAACGAGUGCCUGAUGAACAACGGUGGCUGCUCCCACAUCUGCAAAGACAUGGUGAUUGGAUAUGAGUGUGACUGCACCCCGGGACUGCAGCUCAUUGAUCACAAAACCUGCGGCGAUAUUAAUGAGUGUGUAAACCCUGGAAUCUGCAGUCAGAUCUGCAUUAACCUGAAGGGAGGAUACAAGUGCGAGUGUCACAGUGGUUACCAGAUGGAUGCUACCAGUGGUGUUUGCAAGGCUGUGGGUAAAGAGCCCUCACUGAUCUUUACGAACCGCCGUGACGUCCGUCGUCUGGGUCUAGAGAGAAAGGAGUACACGCAGAUUGUUGAACAGCAGAGGAACACAGUGGCUCUGGAUGCUGACUUUGACCAACAGACACUCUUCUGGGCAGACUUGGGCCACAAAGCCAUAUACAGCACCUUGCUGGACAAACGCAGUGACAUCAGUGGCCACAACAAGGUCAUCGACAAUGUUCAAACUCCGGUUGGCGUUGCAGUGGACUGGGUUUAUAAGAACCUGUACUGGUCGGAUCUCAGUACCAAAAGCAUUUCUGUGGCCAACUUUAAUGGGACAAGACAGAAGGUUCUGUUCAACCAUGGGUUAAAAGAACCAGCUUCCAUUGCUGUGGAUCCACUCUCAGGGUUUCUGUAUUGGUCCGACUGGGGUGUGCCAGCGAAGAUCGAAAAGUCUGGCAUGAAUGGAGUGGACAGAGAGGUUCUUGUGGCAACUGACAUCCAGUGGCCAAAUGGGAUAACCCUAGAUCUGAUCAAAGGGAGGUUGUACUGGGUGGACACAAAGCUCCACACACUCUGCAGCGUUGACAUGAACGGUGACAACAGGAAGAAAGUGCUUCAGUCUGCAGAUUAUCUGGCUCAUCCCUUUGCCCUCACGGUCUUUGAGGACCGUGUCUUUUGGACUGAAAGUGAAAGUAAGGCCAUCUACGGUGCAAACAAGUUCACUGGCGCGGAUAUUGUCACACUGGCCAGCAACCUGAAUGACCCACAAGACAUCAUCGUGUACCACGAGCUGAUCCAGCUGUCAGGGACGAACUGGUGCACAGAGAAGGGUCCCAAUGGAGGCUGCAGUUUCAUGUGUCUACCUGCGCCGCAGACCAACAAACACUCGCCCAAAUACACGUGUGUCUGUCCAGAAAGACAGGAACUGGCUGCUGACGGCCUUCGCUGCCGACCAGAGGCCAACGUGAGCACUUCCAUCCAGGUGGAUUCCACAGCCAGAGGUUCGGCAGCAGCCUGGGCCAUACUUCCUGUCUUGUUGCUGGCGAUGGCAGCUGCUGGCAGCUACCUUAUGUGGCGGAACUGGCAGCUGAAGAACCAAAAAAGCAUGAAUUUCGACAACCCUGUUUACCUGAAGACCACUGAGGAAGACCUCAACAUCGACAUCACACGACACAGUGCCAACGUGGGACACACUUACCCUGCAAUCUCUAUAGUGAGCACAGAUGAUGACUUGUCCUGAUCCUCAGUGGGAUUCCUUCAGCGCUGGGUCUGUCGCUGCCGUGGAGGCAGAACUACCACUGGCCUUCUCAAGUGCAUUAUGUCAUCGUCUUGAGGAGGAUGACGGUGGACGUUA